AUGUUCAGGUCCCCGGAUGAAUUUUCUCCUAAAACGGCAUAUGAUUUCCUUGAGAAUCAGACAAACAUUACUUGGUGCCCUUAUUCUUCACGUAACCUGAAUGGAGUGGAUCAGCUACAAAGGUCUUUUAUGAUUUCUGUCCGCCGAGGUAUUCUUCCCUGGAGGCUCUUAUUUCAGAACAUUGACGUAUGUAUAGCUGAGCCCUAUCAUCCGGAUCGUGUGGCUCGCCAAUUUAGACUGGACCAAUUGAUACCAUACGAUCCAUUGAAAUCUUUAUUUACCGAAGCCGAUGUUGGUAUUGCAUACACCUACUGGUCCCAUUUGUUACGACCAAGUCAGGAGAAUAUCCAACAUCCUCUUAGCAGCCGAUAUGAGGGCAAGUGUUCUUUGCCAUGGGCCGACUGGUGGAAGAAGUUUCUGAAACCAUUCAGUGAAAUUUCAUAUAAACUUAGGGAUGGCAGUUUGCAUGGGAAAAUCCCAUAUGAUGAGAGGAGGAAUGCGUUUAAGCAAAGUGGGAAACCCUUUAUGUCCCAACGCAAGCUUUCAAAUUUAGAUCAUGUUAUAAUAAAAGAAGUAUCAGCAAGACGUCAAAACGAGUACAUUACCGCUAUUGAAGCGAAGGAGAAAGAGAUCGUGGAUUAUUGGAAACAAAUUUUGGCAACUUUUCUCGGAGAUAAUGAGCCUCCUAAAAGUCCUCGACGCAAAAGGAAGGAUAAGGGUAUUGUUAUAUCUUCUUCUGCUGAUACUUUGCCUCCAGCGGGUGAGAAGGCUGGUGACAAUCUUUUGUUUGAUAAGCUAAAAGGACCAUGUACAACUGAAGUUAUCUCUUCAGAUGAGGACACGAGGCCUACAGCUAAAAGAAAAAUUGAUUUUGUCGAUGAUGGGGGUACUUCCAGCCCUAUAAGAUUGGAUAUCCCUUUAUACGUGGCUAAUGAUCUCAGCUGCGCGGCUUUGGACAACGUUCUUAGUGGAGAUAUGGCUCACGAUUUUGAAGAUUUUAACACGCUAAAUGUAGAUGACUAUAGCGCGUUGGGUCUAGAUGAUAUUGAUCUUUCAAAUUCUUCCUCACGUACAGCUUCGACUAUACCUUCAGUGACUGAUAUUCCUAGUCAUUUGUCUUCAUCUUCACAUGGUACUGAAGGCGCUCUUAUUAGCAACGAGGGAACUUCGACCCAGAUUUCAAUGUCUUCCAUGAAUGUUUCCUCUAUUGCUGAAGCUGUUAUGAAGACCUUUGAUUCGGUAUUGGACACAGCUUUUGAAGGUUUGGACAACUCCACAAUAGUAGAUCCUCAUCGCUGUGAAGUUCUCAAGGCGAUCCACUCGCUACUCCCAGCUAGGGAUGAUAUUACUAGAGUUGCCGCUACUCGUACGGCUCUAGAAAAGCUCAUUUGUAUUUCAAGUGGCAUGCAAGAAGCUCAGACAACAGUAGGUUCUAAGUCCCAGAAACGAGAUGGAGCUCUCGUUGUGGCAGAUCAAGAGCAGGCAUCACUCGCCGACAUUUUAGAGACUACAUCGGCGAAGCUAUCAUCUAUGGAAGAGCAGCGUGUUGAGAAGAUGACACACCUGAAAGCCCUUAAAGUACAGAUGGAAGAAGCUGAAAACGCCUUGCAUGAUAUUGAGGAGGGUAUUAAGGAACUGAAGUCAACACAGUCUAGUAAGCAAACUGAGGCCAAGAAGCUGCGUGACACUCUUUCCGAAGCUAAUGCAAGAGUUACUCAGGAAAUAAAGGCCCUCCAGCAGAAGAUAUCCUCCAUGGGUGAUGAGGUUGGUCCUAUUAUUGAGAAUGUGAAGAAAUUGCGUUCUUCAUAA